UUGGCUGCUAACUUGCUUUCAGUAAAAUGUAAGACUAUGGAUUACUAAGUGGAUUACGUAAUACAUGUUUUAAUAUUAUAUAAUAUAUAUGCAUAUUCCAUGUCUUUAUGGCAUCCAAUUAAUGCAUGUGAGACAUACAAGCAAUGAGAACAUUUAAAAAUGAAUAAAUACCCGGAAAGGAAAAACAAAAACGCAACACCUAGGAAAUCAAAAUCCUUCUCUACCUUAUCUACAAUCCCUGGCUGCCAAACUCAAAAUGGAGAAAGACAAUUGCCAUCGGUUGUCAAAUGUGAAUCUGGAGAAGAAACUUCUUCCAAACUGGUAGCGAUGAGUUUAUCUAAUGAUUGUUUAUCUCCAGAUGUUGAAGAAGACUGUUCCGACAGUUUGCUGCGUAGAGUUCCCUCCGGUGUACCAACUGCCAAUAUAGCAGAAAGGUGUUCAUCUUCAGACUUGGAACAUGACUGUUUACAUGACGAUGAUGCUUAUUUACGGACAGACGCAUCUCUUGAAAUACAAAGUAAUGUAAUGAGGUCGCUAUUAGCCGAGGAAGAGUUCGAUAUUGUCAAAGAAAUACAUGAAGAAGGAACGAAAGUUAAAGAAAAACUUACCAAAGAACUUUCCGAAGAAGGUGACAGAAUAAAAUCAUCUAUUCAAACUACCGAGAGGGCAGCUUGUCAGUAUCUUGUGAGAGGGGAACUCAAUAGAAAAUCAAACGAAAAGUCCAGAGAUGUCGGAAGAGCAGAUCUGAUCAUUUUACACACAGAAAAAGAUCUGCGCGUUGCCAACGACUUGAUGGCUGAUUUAGCUGCUUUGCAGCCAGAUAUAAACCAGGAUCUCUUCAGUAACAUUGACCAUGGACGAACCGGUAUGGGUAGUCUGGACACCAUACAUGAACGCUAUGGUUGUAUUGGCAUACUUGUCACACCCAACUUAGAUGAAGACGAAUUGACAAUGUUUCAAGUAGAGGGCCUAAUGACAUUUGGGUUGGAAAACGGCAAGGAUACAGCACACCGUGUAGUGCCUUUUUGGUAUAUGGAAAAAAGAGAGUGCAAAACAGUGUGUCUUCGUGCGAUUAAAGGCUUGGAUUAUUCCAACUUCACAUCGGACAAAAGACAGUUUUCAUCUUCCUUUAAAACGCUGAUUAAAAACAUACGAAAACAAUACUCUUGACAGCUUAAAAAUGUUGUGCUAUUUCACAAAAUAGGCACAACUGUAUAAAAAGUGACAUAAACAAAUUUUUGCUGCUGCGUAGCAAUAUUAAUCUGAUUGUAAAGUUAUUGGUGUGUUGAAACAAAAAAGAAAACUUUUCGUAGGGAAUACCGCUUUUUGGUGUGUUUUAAACAUAUUCCUGAACAUGUAUUAGUUGAUGAAAUUGGCUUCUCAAGUAUUAUGUUUAUUCGCGUUUAUUUGGUUAUAUUUGUGGCAUUAAGGGCAUUAUGAUAUGCAAGAACAAUAAGCUCAAUAGCUUUACUCUAUUUACAUGAAACCAAAAGUGCCAUUGAUAUAAUGACUAUGCAUCACAUAGCAUUGUUGUAUUUUUAAGCAUGAACAUGUAAGUGCAAAUACAGUGUGUUCUUUUUCAACCCCAAAUAGGGCCAGGAGUGAGCUUAUUUACAUUCCAAAAAUUCGGAUUUCAGGGGCAAAAUUCAUAAAUCUGAUUAUAUAUAUAUAAAAAAAUGUGUUUGCCUCAACUGUUUUGUUUCUGAAUUCUAUCAACUCUGUAUUAAAAACAUCUCUUCUCUGAAGGUGUAUUUUAACAAAGAAUUUAUCUUUGUCCCAUUUCAAGAUCUUUCAACGUGCAUAAUAGUCAUUGUUAAAAGCAAUUUCGUUUAUCUUUAAAGAUGCACUAUUACUCCCAAAUAAGAUUAACCACAAUAAAUACAUUUUUUUAUUAUACCACAAAGCAUUAGUAAAUGUUGAAAACAAUGAUUCUUAUGAAGGAUACGGAGUUUAAUUUGAAAGAAAGGUGCAGAAAACACGGUUUUUCUACCCUAAAAGACGGUAGUAAAACACAGUAAAUCUUUUAGCAUUCACCAAUCAUUUAAUAUUUGUGCGUGUUCAGCUAUAAAAUACACGGUUACAAAUGUGUUAACAGUUAUCAAAAUUGCCAUUAAUGCAUUAUUUAGUAAGUAGUUAAAGGUUUAUCACUCAAACUUUAUGUUUAUGUGUAUGUAUUGAUUUUGAUAAGAGUGUCACUUUAAUCUAUUUUCACACUUCAAAGA